AUGAAUGAAGGAAGGGUAACCCGUCGACGAUUCGCGAGGCGCGGAGACGCACGGCGGGCUUGGCUCACGACGUGUUGGCCGAACGAGAAAGCAAGUGGUUCCGACGUGGGGAACACAAGGCAGAAGCGACAGUGUCCAUGUUUGCCAGCACUGAUGCGCUCCACAGAGUCCGUCGAGAUUCUACACGAUGCCUGUGUGCUAAGCCAAGGUGUGAGACACGUCAUGGUGACUGGCGUCGGAUUGAUAGCAACACGAGGAGCUCAGCCCGAAAUGGGUAGACGGGCGACUGGCGAUUUGGCACAGACAUCCACACACGCACACAUGAACACAGCUAACAACGCAGACCGAAGGCUCGACUACUCACGAGAGGGACAAGAUGAGGUUGGCUGCGUGUGUAUCCGUCCAUGGCGUGAGAUGGGUGCGACGUGUCGACUCUCGCCCGCAGCCAGAGCCGGCGGUACUCUAUUCUUAGCAAAAGUCUCGGCGCCGGAUGCGGGAUUGUCGAUCAGGCGAGGGAGGCGAGGGAGUGAGAAUGCCGUCCGCGAUGACAUGUUGGUGACACAAUGGAAAGCCUCAGCAGCAGCCUCGAUGAGAAGGAGGGUUGCCUCGUUUACCAAUCAGGACCAGCGUCGGCUGCCGUCUCGAUCUCCCCGGAAAUGCCGCUACUGGGACAGCCCUACCUGGGGCAAGGCGACUAAGCAAGGAUCUCGGCUCGCAGGGCUCCGCAGAGUGGGUUUGACAGAGAUGAUCAGGAAUAACAUCACCAACAACGAAACCCGGAGAGGCCGGAGAAUUACAUGGAAGGGUUCUAGCGUCGUUGCGAGAUGCACUCGGCGAGAAGUCAUCGAGCUUGUCGCGCGCCACCUGAACGGCGACUGCGACAGCCAGGCCGGGGAUUUCAGGGCGGAACCCAGCCAUUGUGUCUUCUGCAGGGCACUGACCGCGUGCACUGCUGCAAUUACCACCAGCCCGGGCUGUGAGGGCUCUCGACCGCCAAUGAAGCGAGCAACGGGCAGCUUUUUGUGUGGGAUACUGCCAGAGCCAGAGGCGCACCCGUACCUGGGGCUAAGGCAAGUCGAGCAUGGCCCCGGGACGUUGAAACAUGGCUUCCCGCGCCGCCACCUCAAGUGCAACUUCUCUUCAGGGCCGAAUACCGUUUUUUCUAGAGGGGGAGGCGUAGUUAAGUACAGGCCGCGUCAACGAGCGCUUCGUUCCUGGCGUGACAUGACGGAAGGAAUGGAGAGAUGGCCAGAUCCUCGGCCUCAAGGGGGCGGCGGCCACGGCGGGAAGGGAAAUCAGAGACAAGGCGCAAGUGACAGCGACGGAGUCAGAGCUGCGGCCCGGGUUCAUCAGCUCAAUGAGAAACAAGGGGAAGAAGCCCUGGUGAAGACGACAGACAGACGAAGAGCACCGGAUUUCCUAGAUCAUUAG